AUGUACCUUGAACCAGUUUCAGAAACAACAGUGCACCGUGGUCAAGAGCAAUGGAGAAGCAUCAGGACUCUGGGCUCUCUGUUUGGCACUGCACAAGAUGUGACACGCAGGAUUGGUCUUUCUGCUGUGGCAUUUGGUCGAAUGAAGGCGAUCUGGUUUCGGCGGCAACAUCUACAAACUAACACCAUGGUACGACUCUACAACGCAUACGUUCUUCCAAUCCUCACGUACAAUAUUGGCUGCGCAGGCCUCUCUAAGGCACUGGAAGACUCCCUGGACAAGAUCCAUCGCAAGCAACUUCGGCACAUGCUUGGUAUAUUCUACCCUCGUGUCGUGUCGAAUGAUGACCUGUAUGAGCUUGCUCACACUGAGCCAAUAUCCGCUAUGGCAAAGCGAGCGAGAUGGCGUCUGCUUGGACACAUCCUACGCCAGCCAUCAUCGACACCAGGCAAUCAAGCAAUGAUUGCAUACGCAUCAAUGGAGGACGCUGUGAGGCACAGGAGGGGAGCUCCAAGGUCCUGUUUAGUCACCACCCUCCAGCAAGACGUCAAGUUCACCGCCGUCGCAUUGAAGACGAGCCGGAACCUCGAAACCCUAAGAAGUUGUGCAGUUGACCGGCAGAAGUGGAGUAACAUUUGUUCUGCGGUGGUGUGA